UGCAGGAUUCUUUAUCGUUGAUUCAAAUCUUUUACAGUCAAAGUACAUGGUUGAACUCGACGUUCAGAUCCCUUCUGCUUUUGACCCAUUUACUGAGGCUAAGGAAUCAGGUGCCCCUGGGGCUAAGGAGUAUGUGCACAUACGUAUUCAACAGAGGAAUGGAAAGAAGAGCUUGACAACAGUGCAAGGUCUGAAACAAGAGUACAGUUGCGAGAAGAUUCUUAAGGACUUCAAGAAGGAGUUUUGUUGCAAUGGUACUGUUGUAGCGGAUGAGAAAUUGGGGGGCAAGGUUAUUCAACUCCAAGGUGAUCAACGGAAGAACGUCUCCAAUUUCCUAAUCAAGGUUAGCAUUGCCAAGAAAGAACAGAUCAAAAUACAUGGUUUCUAAAUUUUGAGAGUUGAAGAUUUGUGGGUUAUUUCUUAUUGUUAUGGUGGUAUGGACGAUGAUGAGAACAUUCCAAAAUGGUCUGUAAUGAAACUUUGAUCAGUAUUAUUUAUUGGCUUAAAACUGUG